UACUCUCAAGAAAUCUUAUUUUGAUAUAUCAGUACGGAAAUUUAUUCAUCCGAUUAAGAAAUUACCAGUUUAUCUUAACGAGACAAAGUGAAGUGCAACCCAUUAUAAAACACUGUGACAUUUAAUGUACGAUCAGACCGUAACAGUUUCUAUGACAACCGAAACCCAAAAUGGAACCCAUCAAUAAAACAUAACGUUGGCAUGGUAGAGACUGAUGGGAAAAUAUUUUAAUCAAAUUGAUUUCCUCUCGAACGUGAGUGGGGAAUAAGGUGCAUUAUAUUCAUUCACCCAACCAUCCAUUAUAAUAAGAGUAAAUUAGUAAGAUUAAUAUAUAUGCGUAAGUCAGACAGGUUUGGAUGCAUGGCGACAUUCCUCGAUGGAUGGGGAUGCUGGAACUGCUGUCAACGUCACAUUUUUUGCUUAGUACUAGUGCCAUUAUUUUGUUGCAACUUGUGUGAUACCAUAGUUUGCGUUUGAUUUUAGCGAUAAAGUAAUGGAGAAAUACAUGAUAAUUGAUACCUUUGCCAAAGGCCCCCAAGGAAUCACGCUCUUGGUGAAACAUCGGGCAAAUGGAAAGACAUUUAUUCUGAAAAAGAUCGAAUGUAACGAUAACCCGGAAGCUAAUCGCGCCCUCCGAGAGGUCAUGCGAUUCACUAAACUCCGUCACAGACACAUUGCCAUUCCCCGAGAUGCCUUUGUUCACUGGGACUCCACCGAAGCAGCAGUAUACCUGUGUAUCGCAUCCGACUACUUUGUUACUGGUGACCUUGAUAGCUUCGUCAAGGAAAAGUCAAGGAAUGGUCAAUCGAUGUGCGAAUCGGACAUGCAACGUUGGAUGGGCCAAAUGCUCCAUGCCAUAAUCUAUCUGCAUGAUAGCGGAAUAGCCCACACCAAUCUGAAGCCUAGCAACGUGUACCUGACUCCUCAGAUGGACCUGCGGAUUGGCGAUAUUGGAAUCAGGACUGUCAUAGAGGACUUACAUCGGUUUCGUUCCAGGACCAGAUCGGCGGUCUGGUCCCUCUACUGGUCUCCACCAGAGGUCUUCGAGGGUCCUCACGGAUCAAAAACAGAUGUCUGGUCCUUGGGCUGCAUGCUGUUCGAGAUGGCGGCAAUGAUGCACCAGAGUGUCCUCAAAUCUCGGGAAGUCCUUCUGCAGCUGCGCGUGGGAGACAGGGUUGAAUUCUUGGAUUCCCUGAAACAGAUUGGCCGGGGGUAUGAGAAGUCCUGCCACAUCUGUGAUUGCUUAGUCCACAUGUUUUCAGCUGAUCACGAAUCAAGACCAUCGGCAAGAGAUGUUCUAAAGAUGCACUACCCUCGGCUCUGCAUAAACAUGGUUACCAAUAAAGGCACGGAAACCCCAAAGAGAUAGAGGAAUUGAAAAUUAUGUCUCAUCAACAAAUUAUAAUACGUAUGUAGAAGUCUGCUACCAGAAUAAUUGUCUUGCAAUACUAUUUCGUUAGAAGAGAGGUGUGAAUUGACUGCCUUUUUUUUAGUACAAAGUCUAUUUAUAAUUCUGGUUAACCAAAACAAACAUUCUCUUCGUAGUUUUGGAUGUCCAAAAGGUUUCGACUUAGGUGCGAUACUGCGAUACUACAUUAACAAGGUUAUGCCCAAUUCUGUGUUUCACUAGGAUCAUUUUGAUAACAAAUUUGAAAUAUUAUUAUUGAAACCUUAGAUCAUUAUGGAUUCUUUAAAAUGACAAAAUUAUUUUUGUCAUAAAUAGUUACACUUUUCCCAUUGUAAUGUGUAUGUAUCCGAAAUACUUAGAGUUGAUAAAAAAAAAUUAGGAAUUUUAGUUAUUACUUUUCUUUAAACGUAUUUUUCGCAUUAAACGAAUUACAUGUAUGUUAUAGAAUAAGAAUUCACACAAUGUGUUAUUAUUUUUUAGGCUUCUUGUGAUGAAUUUUUGUAGGAAUUCUAGGGACAAGCAACAAAAGUUCUUGGACUAAUAAAAAAUGUGAUUACUUUUUAUGGAUGGGUUAUCAAAGCAUGGAGCGCCGCUAUACUUUACGAAGGCCUAUUAGAGGUUAGAAUAGCCCCGAGAAUAGCCCGGGCCUAUAACGGUAGUCCACUUUUUAAUAACAUUUGAUAACCCAUAAUUUGAACUCCAUGCUGUAUAUUCACGGAAUAUA